GCGAGCUUGGUGCUGUGUCUGGGGGGCCCAGGCUGCCCUAACGACGGGACCAUGCUUCGGUUUAUUUCCAGGGCUCUUGCCUUCUUCCGGAGGAGGGUGGACUCGUCCGAGGCCGAGAGGGAGCAGCAUAUGAGGCUCUUGGAAGGUGGCACCGGGUUAAAAACUGUACAAGGAGUUGUGACGAAGAUCUGUAGUGAUUAUGGCUUGAUUGAUGAGUUGAUCUACUUCAGUAGUGAUGUUGUGACUGGCGAUGUCUCUCUGAAAGUUGGACAAGAAGUCAGUGCCAUUGUGGGAGAAGAUAAAACAUACGGAUUGAAAGCGAUCAAAGUGGAUGCGCUCUGUGAUAGCUGCCAUCGCAAUAGACCCUCAGACUCCUACGCUAGAGUUUCAUUUGGCAGUAUUUCUUCUGUAGUGGAAGGUGCUAACUACAUUGAUCACACAACUUACUUCUCCCUAGAUGUCAUUUGUAAAGGUUUCGAGCCUUACCAGGGGGACCGAGUAGAAGUUGAGUUUUGCACCCAGUCGGACACGUUGAGCAGAAAGGCCCUCUCGGUGAAGCCUCUGAGACAUAAGCAUGUGCAUGAGGUCUUCAUUACUAGCCUACAUGGAAGAAAUGGGGUGAUAGAUGAUAGCAUUUUUUUCACCUUGGAAUCUCUGAAGCUGCCUGAUGGAUACACACCUCGGAUAUCUGACGUUGUUAACGCUGUCGUGGUGGAGAGCAUUCAGUCCUGCUACAUUUGGAGAGCGAUUUCUAUGACUCUAGUGAAAAGGUGGUAAUAAGAAAACAGCAUUUGUAUGCCCUGUGCCGCUUUUCUUCUUUUGUCAGCAAAGGGCCUGGUUUGAAUGCGUUUUGUGAAAAACAGCUUAGUAAGCCUCAACAGUUAAUUCAAGCACAACCUUUCAAGUUCCGUGUAGGUUGGCUAAAUGGAGUGUACCUUCUGGAGA